GUGGGUGGCUGUUGUUCUGUCAGACAGCUCCCUUCGUCUGGGUGGGUCACGUUCCUCCGUCAUGAUCGUUCUUCGAUUGGUUUGCGCCUUGGUAGUGGUGGGCGCCUGCUGGGGCGAGGCUGCCCUGCAUCCCGAGACUCGCCAGGGGCCGCAACAUGACCUGCACAGCAUCCCUCGCUACGACCUGUACGACAACCGCCACUACAGCGUGUACGGCAGCCCGCGCCUCGACGUGUACAACGACCUGGACAAUGACCUGAGCCGUGGCGUGCACCGUUCCUCUCCUGUCGGCCAUGUGUCUGAUAUCUUUCACCGCGGCCCUGUCAUCUCUCCCCAUCACAGCACCUUCAACGCGCCCGCCAUCACCUCGUAUCGCAGUCCCACUGUCAUCCCUGCACCGUAUCUUGUCCCUCCACGAGUCCACAACGUUCUCCCUGUGCACGAGCCCCCAGUCAUCAUAGAGAAAACUCCAGUGCCGUACGCCAGUCCCGUGCCUCAGCCCAAGCCUGUCAUUCCCAUCAGGUCCCAGUAUCACGUCCAGGACGAGCUCGGUCAGUACUCCUUCGGCUACGAUGCGGGCAUAUCCACCCGCCAGGAAACUCGAGACGCUUACGGCAAUGUGCGUGGCUCCUUCAGCUACAUCGACUCCAAUGGCGAGCUUCAGACGCAGCACUACACGGCUGGCAAGGGUGGCUUCAGAGUGGUGGGCACCAACCUGCCUGUGCAUGUCACUAAUGUGGCACGCCAUAAACGCUCCUAUGCCACUUUCCCGGCAGCCACCGCGCCCCUAACCGCAGCUCACCACCUUCCAGACCUGAGCCUCGCCACUCCCUACUACGUGUACGGACCGCCGAGGCAAAGCUUUUCCUACAGCCUGCAGUCCCUUCCCUCACACGUCUCCACCUCCACCAGGACCUACUACACAGGAAACCCAGUCGUCCCGCACCACCGGAGACACUACUACCGGAUUGUGUGUCUUCUCCUAUUGGUGGCCAGCGGCCGGACUGACACGCCGCACUCCCAGGACCACGCAGCCGCCGACACAAUCUACCGUGAGACUGUGGCUCUCGAUGGCUCAGCGGGCCACGGGACUCCCGUUGUGGCUCAUGGUGGCUCACUGGGUCACGGUGCUCGUCACGGUGGCUCUGUAACUAAAGAUGCUUCUGUUGUGAGUCACGGUACUCCUGUUGUGAGUCACGGUGUUCCUGCUGUGAGUCACGGUACUCCUGUUGUGAAUCACGGUGUUCCUGUUGUGAGUCACGGUACUCCUUUUGUGAGUCACGGUGUUCCUGUUGUGGCUCACAGCGGCUCUGUGAAUUUCGGUGCUCCCAUUGUGGCUCACGGUGUUUCUACAGGUUAUGAUGCCACUGUUGUGGCUCACGGUACCCCCGUUGUAGCUCAUGGUGGCUCUGUCGGUCACAUUGUUCCAGUAGUGAGUCAUGGCGGCUCUGUAGGUCAUAUUGUCCCAGUUGUGGGUCACGGUGGCCUUGCAAGUCACACUGGUCUCGGUGGUCCCAUUACCAGUCACGGCGUCUCAGUAGGCCACGGUAGUCCUGUUGUGAGUCACAGUGGUGCAGUAGGUCACGCCCCUGAAGUUCACGCCCCUGUGGUCAAGGGUGCAGUGAUCUCGCACGGGAGCGGCUACCAGGAGCCUGUGCGAUCUCAGUACCACGCCCAGGAUGCCUAUGGUCGAUACUCCUUCGGUUACAAUGCCGGCACCUCCGCACGCGACGAGACCCGCGACGCCUACGGUAAUGUGCACGGCUCUUACACCUACGUCGACUCCUAUGGCAAUCUGCAGACGCAGCACUACAUCGCUGGCAAGGAUGGUUUCCAGGUGGAGGGCACCAAUCUCCCAGUGCAAGUCAGUCAUGAACAGAGGUACAAACGUUCGUACGCUGUUUUCCCCGCCUCUACUGAGCCACUAGUGAGCGGCGUCCCAAGUGGACACGUCACCACCGUGACACGCCACCAGCAGGGACCCGUGGUGGCAGACCUUCCAGGACCUUAUGGAGGUCCUCGUGGCUAUGGCAGCAAGGUGGUGUACCAGCCUCCAGUGGUACCUAAUGAGGGCCUCAUUCAUGCCAAUGCUUAUGGCGUGUCUCCUCUCCUCGGAAAAGCGAAUCUUCAUGGUAACUUUGACAAGCUCAGCUACAAUGGAUUCUCCUACGGAUUUGAGACUGGCCCCUCAUCCCUUGCUACAUAUGGCACUCACUUCAACCAACACAUUCCCCAAUAUUCUCACUGAACUCUCGCCUGCUCGCCUACACCGCAACGUCACGCCGAGCAACGCCAAAACUUUCAGUAGUAAACCUAACCUCGUAAUUCAUGUAAUUUAGAGUUAAAAUAUUUCAUUAGUAGUUUCUAAUGAUGUCUUCACAUUCUAUACACUUUCAAUAAGAGUGAGUUUCUUGUACAUAAUACCAGAUAUAUGUUUCCGUUAUGUUGUCACACGCAGGGUUUGACGAGUUUACGAUCUGGAUGCCUCGUGUAUAAAGCAUAAAGAAAUCGGAACAAAA